UGAACCAUGGGAAUGAGCAGCGUGCAGCCUCCUAACCUGAUGCAUGGGGACACAGAAGUGGUUUGAAAACAAAGCUAAUGCAGGGCUGACAAGAAACCUGAAGCAUUUUUCCACUGCUUGUGCAAAGGAAACAAAAUGGAAAGGGAGAAGCCAUAGAAACUCAGGUCGGCAGAAGACUGAUGCCCUUCAACAUCAUGCACAGGAAGGCUGAGCACAGCUGGGACAGAAAGCACCUCUUGCUUCUCAGUGUUGAGGUACGCUGCAUAUUCUUCAGCCUGGCUCAAGAAGGAUUACCGCAACAAAAACAAGCAAAUGGAGCUUCAAACACUACUGUCAGUGCAGAUGUUUCUGCAUUAACACCAAAAGCUGAGAAGGAAGCUUUGAACACAAUCACUUUAAGAGCAACUACACUAACAACAGCAACGACACUAACAGCAACGACACUAACAGCAAAGCUGACAACCACUACAGCAUCAGCUACAACUGUGUCCAUCACAACAAGGUUAGGCAGCGCAACUACUCCAGCUAAUGCCAUAGAAAGUACAACACAACGUACAACUGUGCAGCAGUCAACACAGGCAACCCCUGUGCAGCAGUCAACACAGGCAACCCCUGUGCAGCAGUCAACACAGGCAACCCCUGUGCAGCAGUCAACACAGGCAACCCCUGUGCAGCAGUCAACACAGGCAAGAACUGAAAGUGCCAACACAACAAGUGCUAAGCAAGUGAAUAGAACACAAUCUGCGCAAAAUGAGAGUUUGAGUGCUACAACUACUAAGACAGGGACUUUGUCUCCUACAACCUCUUUACAAGAAAACACUACUGCUCCUGGAACCUCAGACCUUUCUGUGAGCACCCUGCCAAAACCGACAGAUUCCGGCAGCACUGGAAACAGUUCCGAAAAAACGAAAGCAUUGGAGGCUACUAUGCAUUACUCUAGCGUUAUCCUGUCCAUUGUCAUCACCCUGAUCGUCAUUACCCUCUCCGCAUUCUUGCUGGUGGCCUUGUACAGAGUGUGCCACAAGAAAACUCCAGACAGACAAGAGAACGGCACUGAACAGGCCCAGUCAGAUAAAGAAGGUGUCAAACUUCUGUCUGUGAAGACAACUUCUACUGAGACUGGAGAGAAUUCAUCCCAGGGGAAGAAUAAAACUCGACAAUGUGAUGACUCCUCUUCAAACUUCAGCAAUAAAUAUAUGUGAAGCAGCCUGGUUUAAGACAACAUGCAGGAACAGCCCACCAAGGUUGCAAUGCCGCGGGAACUGUGGAGCAGCUGAAGCUUUUUGCCAGGCAGGACACUUGUGCUAAUGACCAGCCCUUGACUUCUAAGCCUCAAGUGCCUCCUGUCCCUUCUGGGACGACGUGCUUUUUUGAUGGCUUAAUAACUGGUAUAUCAUAUGUAUUUAUUAUGUUCUCAUAUAGUAGAAGCAGGAAAACUCUCAAGAAGGUUGAAGAGCAUGUUUGCAUAGUCAUUAUUACAAGAAUCUUCUGCGCAUACAGGAAGGAAUACGUUAGCAUACUUUGUUGAGCUUAUGGUAUUUAGGGUUCUUUUAAUUGUAUGUAGCAAAAUACAAACACGGCCUGACCCUUGAAACGUUACUGGGCCAACUGCCACGAUGGAAGUUAAUUCAGUGAUUUCCUGGAGACUCCUCACUGAAGCACACGCUUCACUUGUCAUAAAUGUUUACAGGAUGGGAUGCCUGGGUGAAAUGCUGAAGUGUGCUUUAUUUCUGUGAAGGGGAGGAAUACGCUUUGCACUGAUGUUUGUGGUUUUGUUUUGUUUUUUGAAGUUCUGUAAAUUGCUGAAUAUGGUCCUUGUGAUGUAGCAGGCAACACAGUUAGUUUUCUCCUGUUCCUUGGCUAGCUGCUGCAUUAUGCGUGCUGUGAAUGACUCCUCUAAGCUGAGGUGUAUGGUGGGGAUCAGCAGGAAAAGCAAUUCUGCAGCUGAACCCUGUAUUUGGAGUAAUGCAUGAGAUUCUUGUUGGCUACCAAAUAACUCUGGAAGUUUAAGGAGUGUUUCAAGUGAUGAUUACAGACUCUUAAUUUGUACAGAGCUGAUGCUGCAAAAAUAUCAAGUAGUGCUUCUACCUGCAUGUAUCCUACUCUGCUAGAACUGUAAAUGUUCAAAAAUUAUAUUAAUGUGAGCAUCUGCUCAGCCUCAGUCCACUGGCUCUGGCAAUGUCCUGGGAAGCUCCAUUGUUGUACUGGGGAAAGGAAAGGAGACGGUGGUGUAAGUGUGGGGCUGAGAGCCAAUUUGAGUUGUGAUACCACUGAUAACAAUGCUUUUGAGGAAACUUCUCCCUCCAGUUUCCCUCUGUGGGUUGAGAAAACUUAACUAGCAGUAUGGCAAGAGAUUGAAUGGAUUUGUUAGUUCAUAUUUAUGCACAAAGAUAAAGCGUUCAUGUCCCUACUUUUGACUGUUGCUCUUAUUUCAUCAGUGAUGGAUCUAAUCCUCUGUCUUACCAGCACCAAGAGAAAUUUUGAUGAAGUUUUGUAAAAGUUGAGAAACAAACAAGGGUGCUCCAUACUGCAGCUGAACUUCUAUGGUCUGUUCAGGUGCUCCUGGAUCACUUGGGUUUCUCCAGAGCAGAGGAGUUGUGUAUCUGCUUUAGAAAGGUCAGGUUGCCUAAAAUACACCAGAUAGCAUCUGCACCUACUCAGAUUCCUGAUUGCUGAAGUUUCCAGUGAAAAAAAGAAAGCAAUCAUUGUGCAUUUUCAUGUUGAUUUUAAAAUCUUUUUGUAGCAUGUUGCAUCCUAUUGAGGGGACAGUAGAAAAGACCAGAGAAACAUUACAAAAAAUACGUGUAUGUGUAAAAUUUGUUCAGUACCUCCACGAUGUGUCAAGGAGAGAAAACAACUUCCUAUUAAAAGUUAUUAUGUUUAUUAAAA